AUGCCGCUGGGCUACGAGGUGCAGCUCAGCUUCAGCACACUCCAGGUGUCGGCCUCACGCGCUUCCUCGUCCUGCCCUGACAGCUUCCUUGAAGUGUCAUCCGGAGGCGUGGAACACCGGUUCUGCGGCAACUGGACGGGAAGCCCCGAGCUGGCGGCACUACGGUCCGCGGCCAAUGCCAUGACUAUCCGCGCACACCUCGAGGAACCACUGGGGGGCCCAAGCUUGUUGGCAACCGGUGCCGCCAGCCUAGGCUUCUGUGCCACGUACAACGCGGUGCUCGUGAACCAGUCUCUGGCGGAGGACUGUGAGUUCGGCUGGGUAUCCUGGGGGCUGUACUGCUAUCGCGUAUUCAACGAAAGUCUGUCCUGGGCCAAAGCCAAUGACGUGUGUGGCUUGAAUGGCGGCCACCUAGCCAGCGUCACUGGAGAAGACAUACAGUCGCUUCUAGAUACUAUGCUGCUAGGGAGCUCCCUGUUCAAUCAUCAUCACAUCUUCUGGAUUGGUGGAAAUGAUCUGCAGUACGAGAAUUGUUUCACCUGGGCUGAUGGCCAGGAAUUCGAGUAUACACAUUGGUUCCCUGGCUGGAGCAGUCACGGUGGAUAUGGCGCCCAGCCCAGCGACGAUGGUCUGGCGCAGCAGGACUGUGUCGAGGUGCGCGACGUGUUUCUGUUUCCAAGCAAGGGCCAGGGACACACGGCCACCUUUUUCUGGAACGACCGGCACUGCGCCGUUGCCAACCCGUUCGUUUGCCAGCGGCUACGCGAAGGCGCCACUCUGGAGGUUGGACGUGUUUUGGAGUGCAACCGUACGUUGGUGCUAAGCCCCGAGCACAGCCGCGGCACGGUGUCAAGUCCCAACUUUCCCGGUGCCUACCCCAACAGCCAGCGCUGCUCCGUCGAAAUCCAGGCUCCAGCGGGCUUCCGCGUGGAACUGCGCUUCACUGAAUUUCUGCUAGAGGACCAUCCAGGGUGUGAAUAUGACUACGUGGAAAUCGAUGAGCCGGAUGAGGAACGCAGUAGUGGACGCCUUUGCGGAGACUGGAGCGGACGGGUAAAACUGCUGCGUCAGUACAGCCACGGCCGACGCCUCCGAGUUCAUUUCAUCUCAGACUUCUCGCAUGCUUUCAAGGGCUUCAAAGCAGAAGCUGUUCUCAGGCCUGAGGCGGUGCCGACGCAACUGUGUGAUGCGCGUCAGUUCCAGCGCUUUGCUGACCACUGCUACUUGACGGCCAGUUUCCCUGAAGUGUCCUGGGCCACAGCACAGCGUGUUUGCAGCGAGUCACAGGCCACGCUGGCUGCCGUUCGCACGGCGGCGCAGGAGGCCCACCUGAGAGCGCUUGUGGCAGCCACCGAGGGUUCCGGUUCCGGCGUCUGGUAUUGGCUCGGCGGCCGCAAGGUUGGGCAACGGGCUGACGCUGGCUCCUGGGUGGACGAGGCGAGUGCCGAGAACGCCGCCGACACCACCGAAGAGCCGCCCGGGGAAGCGGCCAGCUCUGGGACCAAGGGGACACCUCUGUGCCUGGCGUUGCAGUGGAGGCCUCAGCAGAACGGAAGCGACCUGCACUGGGCCUGGAAGCCGUGCGACCAUUCCGGCCGAUACAUCUGCCAGAAAAAAGCGUUCACUCUUCCUGAAGACUUGAACUCCACGCGCACGGAGCAAACGGGCUCGCUUAUGUCGCUGCAUCACCCGGCGCACUACUUGAACGACCUACACUACACGGUGUCCAUCGUGGGGCCCCCCGGUUCGCGCGUACUGCUCUCUUUCUCUCGUUUGGAUCUCGAGUGGCAAGCUGACUGCCUAUACGACUACAUCGAGAUCGAGAGCCCGCACACCCGGGCUGAUCCCGUGCGCAUCUGUGGACAGCACGAGACCGACCUGGACAGAUUCGACCACUUCUCGGAGUCCAACGAGCUAAGGCUGACUUUCCACUCGGACUACUCGGUCACAGCCACGGGCUUUGCAGCUAGCUGGACGACAGUGGACAUGGCUUCGCUAUGCCAUGACCCGCCAUCUACUCUCACUGCGUACAAGGACCGGCCGCAGUCGCUUGUCUCGCCGCAUUACCCGCUCUUCUACCCAAACAGCAUGCACUGCAGGUACGUGAUAAAGUCCGAGACACCCAGCCUACCGGUGUUGGUGACCGUGGAGGACUUGGACGUGGGCGUCCGUGACGCGUCGGGUCUCUGUCUGGGCGACCGGGUGAGCGUGAGACUCAGUGCCACCACUGCCGUGGGGAGCCCAGCCACCAUCAGCCUGUGCGGCGGUGACCAGAGCGUGCAGCGUGGCUUCCAGCUGCUCUCGUAUGGCGACACGCUCAAGCUGACUCUAGAGGCCCAGCCACAAAGGACGCGGAGGCACCGGGGAUUCAACAUCACUUACAACGCACUGUCGACUCCCUCUCUGGAGACCACCCUGAAGCUGCCGGCUCGUUCUCGGGGCCUUGUGCAGAGCCUCAAUUACCCGCACCAGCCGCCGCAGGGUCCGGCCUACAGCGUGCGCCUAUUGGCGCCGCUGGGACAGCGGGUCGAGCUGCGCUUCGUAAACCGCAGCGCUGCCUCGGCCGCUGCCGCCGCUAGCGCUGUCCACUUGUGGGACCCGUAUCGGACCCCGCAGCUGGCGCUCAGACUCAGCCCUGGCACUGACAAUUCCACCAUCUCGUCCACGCUCCACACGCUUCGGCUAUCGUACGGUGCUCCGGCGGCCCCUUUCCAGGCCUAUUUCAUCACGCGAAAAGAUCCUUUGUACCUGGACAAAACCGUGACAUUGCUGGCAGAUGUCUCUCUGGACUCCUGCACCCCAAACCCUUGCCUUAACGGAGGAUCCUGCAUCGAAGACGUCACUUCGAAGAAGCGCCUAUGCAGUUGCACUCCACCAUUUGCAGCUAUGUUCUGCCAUGUGCACGUGUGUGACGUGGGAGACGCCUGCAGCGGCCGCGGCAACUGCAGCGUGUCGCCAUCGGGGGCGCUACAGUGCUCGUGCCAGCAGGGUUUUCAGGGUCCUGACUGCACCCAGACAGUGGACCCGUGCGCAGAACAUCCCUGCGGGCCCCAGGGCCGUUGUGUUGCCAUUAACGGAUCCUUCGUAUGCCAAUGCAAUAUCUUCUUUGAAGGGUUGCGCUGCGAGAAGCAGCUGUUCCGUCUGCCGUACCGUCCUCUAAGUCAGAGGAUGCUUGAAGAGCCCUUCUGGUUAGGGCUGAUCACCGUCUCAGCUGUGCUUUUGCUCAUAUUGCUUGUCUACUGCAUAAAACGCAAGUUCGCCGACAAGAUCGAGAAGUUCCUUGCUGAAGAGAUUGAACGCAGCAAAAACAAUCCGUCGCCGCCCGCGACACGUUACAGCCUGAGUUCCACCCAGCCGAGCCUGACGCCCGCUAGUCUGAGCCCGCAACCAUGUCAGCGGUCACUGCUGAGCCGCAUUCGACGACACAGCAUCCGAAGUGCACAGGGCGGUUCCAGCCCGUCCGACAAGGAGCAGGGGGCCUGCACGUUCAGCUUCGAUGAGCUCCUCAAGCGAUCGUCGCAGUCCUCCGGCUCUAAAAAGCAGUCAGCCAAUUCCAGCGACAGCGACAACCCGAUGCCUGGUACCAGUGGUCCGGGCCCGGCUCCUAAGGAGAAGGAGUCCGAGACCUCGCGAAUCCUAGCCUCGCUGGUCACUUCGUCGAAAUCGCCGGGAAAACGGAGGAUGAGUUUGGAUGAGUUUAUCAAGCUCAGCGAGCGCAAGAUACAGAGCAUCAGGCGCGAGGAGACCCCCGGGGACAUAUCGGACGUAUCCAUUGCCAGCGAGGGAAGUAUGGAGACUAGUUUUAUCCAGAGAACCACAGAAUUUCACUCUAUCCGGGAGCAGUCGCAGGAGCAAAAUUCUUCUUCGGACAGCAUAAGUGCGGGACCUAAGACCAGCGAGGUGCAGGUCGAGGUGACGCCUAUACCCGAGUCUCCUUCGCGAUGUUCCAUCGGGGCUGAGACCUUGUGUCGCCAGGACGCCGUGGCCAGCGGUGGCUCACGCUCACCGUCGCCUCGCUCUUUUGUCGAGCAGCAGUCGUCCUCGCUGGAAGAGAAGGCCAAGGAGACGCCGAGUGCGACGACGGCAAUAGAGACGACGGAGGUGAUGGAAACACUGGCAACUCCCAAGGCGGAGCCCACGUCGCCUAAAGCCGCUGGAGGCGACCCAAAAGGAGCUUUCUUAGACUUGCUUCAGAAGACAAUGAUGGCCGCCUCACCAGCCACAUUCCCAAAGUCCCCACAGCAGCAGCAGGACACGGCCCAGGUGUCUAUGCUGAGCCUACCGAAGGUGGGCAGUGGCUGCAAGCAGAAGGCCACGGAUCUGAGCGUCCCGAGGAAAUAUUCCGUCGACCUGCCGAUGCCCAAGAUCCUGAUCACAGCAAACAUGAGCUCCUGCGAGUCCGAGGAAGCGCCGAGCCCGCCCAGAACUCCGAACCCAUCCUGCAAGACCAUGAACUAUCUAAGUCCGCUAACUAUUAUGUGCUCCUCAGCGGACCGCACAAUAUCGGAGUCGAAUCUCAGCACGUCCGGGUACUCUUCGCUCUCCAGCCCGGGACUGUCCAGGUGCAACUCGAGCAGUCCCAUCGCUGACGAGCUGGAGAACCCCGCGCACCAGGGCCGGCGCGCCAGUGUCUCCCCCAAGAGCGGCCAUUCACUAUCGCCAAACUACCUGUCAUGCGGCACCAAGGCGUUUCAAUUCCCGGUGGCCCAGGCCUAUCCAUAUCUCGAGGCACACCGGCCGACAUCACCACUGCUGCAGAAGCGUAGGUCGUCUAUAGGGGGAGCCCUGUGCCCUGCCACGCCGUCACUCAAGGACCGCGUGACGCUUAAGGGUAAGUACCGCGCCACGCGGCACAACUACCAAACCACUAGCACAGAGGACUCUGUCGAUGAUGAGGGCAUAGGCAUCGACAUCGCGGAAAUUAGGAUGAGCAAGUCAUGCAUCCGGGGCGGAGGCUCCGUGGACAUCAUCCUCGACACGGGAAAGUUCGACGUCCCCGAGCGAGACGUGUCCAGGGCCACGUCCCCGUUCGCCAAGAGCAUCAGCUUCGAGAGCCCACGCUGCCGCAAGGCGGACAAGCACCGCAAGGGAGAGAAGCACCGCCGUCCCACGCCGGGAAGCUCGCCCGGCAUCACGCCCAGCUCCGAGUCGCUGCCCAACGAACUGCUGGUGGCAGAAGCCAAGCUGUCGCGCAACCCGUCCAAGAGCAGCAUGGCUGCCGCUGUAGCGACCCACUCCACCUCCGACUCGGACGAUGGUGAGCAGCGGCCGCGGCGGCCGUGCAAGAGCCCCCGGACCAGCAACGCGCGGAGUCCCGUGGACGGCCGCGCCGCAUCGCCUCUCUUCGUCUGCCAGCGCUCCUCGUCCUCGGAUUCGCUUCCGUCCACUAACGAGGAACAUAUGGGCACUGACUGCUCGUCCACCGACUGCAGCGCUGACCGCCACCCCUUCUCCGAGCUGGCCAUCGUCAUCGACUCGUCGCAUUGCGCGCCUGGUCAGACCAUCGAGCUGAUUCCGUGCCUGCCUCGACUGCGCGUGCUUCCACCACCGCAGCGUCGUGAGGAGGCCACCAACACUCAGCCGGCGCUGCCAUCGCUGCGGCUCAUCUCGCCCGAGGGCAGCACCAGCAGGAGCCUGGACGAAACCGCGGAACCACGCUCGCCCAGACCUCCCAGAAGGCUCCGGAAGCUGCUCGCAAUUCUCGUCGCGAAAUACGCCCACCUAAUGAACCUCGACAGAAAGAUCAAGGCUUACCUUCCCUACGAAGACUUGGGAGCGGACCUGAUCACAGUCACCAGCCGUGACGUCACCUUCUAUCAGUCUUUCGACCCCUGUAGCCUUGUCGUCCGAGAAGGCCGCAACUUCGCUUUCGACCGGCCUCUCGACCCCUCUCGGAUCCACAUCGGAGACCGCGAUUUCGCCUUCCACCAGCCUCCUGAACCCUCUCACCUCAACGUCGGACCAGGCCGCCACUUCGCUUUGGACCAGCUUCACGACUCCUCUCGUACCGACAUCGCAGCAGGCUUAGACUUCACUCACGACCAGCCUCAGAACUCCUCUCGCAUCAACUUCGAAGCAAACCAUGAGGGCGAACACAUGUACUAUUCAUCGCACGAAACCAUGAACCUCCAAGACUUGUCCAACAAACAACACGCGGAACCCUACUUCUCGUCCUACAUGCGCCUCAGACCUGAUACUGUCAGUAGGGUCUCCAGUUCGUCUCCCCUCAAGCCCAAGCAAGUUGACGAUCGAGAGUGCGAGUCGCAGCGCUGCUACGAGCCGCACUCCACCAGGUACACGGACCCCAUGACCGUCUAUGACGCCACCAAAUACCACAAGGAGAUAGCACCUGACGCCAGAGACCUGUGCUGGGCGUACGAGCGCUGCACCACACAGCUCCAUCACUACGCCAUGCAGAUCAUGCAGGGAUUCGGAGCAAACAAGGACUCUCGCGAAAAGGGACACACCAUGAUCGACAAGUCGUCUGGAGAAUCAUGCAGCGACGUCUCCAAAAACACCACCAUAACUUCAACAGAUGUACCAGAAAACGUCAGUUCAACAUCUUCGCUGAGUCCGUCGGGAAAUCAGUGCUCGUUCUCGGCCGGUGAAGGUAGCAACAGGACUCCAACGUCUCCAACACCAACACAUCACCAAACACUAAAGCGGCAAGAGGCGCUCGUGGAAGACGAUGGCAGCGAUGAAUCGGUCAGCGAGACCACGGUGCUCCUGCCGCGCAGCCCCAAGCAGCAGCCCGGUAGCGCCUCCCCGAGGAGCGGCGGUGACAGUACCAGGACGCGCACGCGGAUGGGCUCGCCUUUUCCCUCAUCCUUGGACUUGGCCGACGGUGGAACUCAAGGCGGGCGGGACGGUGACGCGACCGAGGACCUCUACGACUCCCCGGGGGACGUCGUCUGA